UCGACUGUGAAGCUUACUUCCUGGAUACGCGUUCUGAAAAACAGCCAGGUUGGAGUUGUUAUUAUCUUGGACGGAGUUUCCAAAAAUCUGCCGCUAAAACACGCACAUAUGCAGUCUUUCAGUAGCGAAUGACCGUUUAAUGUCGCGAUAUUACCCAUGAUAACGUAAACGAGAGGUGAGACGUGGGGCGCAAAGAGAGCGCCACGUCAUUGGUUGAACUUGGCAGAAAAAAAACACACACACCCGGAAUUGAGCAGUUUUAGACCGGAGAGAUUUGGUUAUUUUAGGCAAACGGAAGCUGCAUCCGCCGUGUCUGACAUCUACUCACGGACUAAAGGAGACGGACUGAAACACCGGGUCAAAAUGACGGCGUCCAACUGGGGUCUCAUCAUGAACGUGGUGAACAGCAUCGUCGGAGUGAGCGUACUGACGAUGCCCUUCUGCUUCAAACAGUGUGGGAUAGUGUUGGGAACACUACUGUUGUUUUUCUGUUCGUGGAUGACCCACAAGUCAUGCAUGUUCCUGGUUCACACCGCCAGCAACACCAAAAGACGGACCUAUGCUGGUUUAGCCUUCCAUGCUUAUGGGAAACCAGGAAAAACACUGGUAGAAACGAGUAUGAUCGGGCUGAUGUUGGGGACCUGUAUUGCCUUCUACGUUGUCAUUGCUGAUUUGGGCUCAAAUUUUUUUGCUCAGCUGUUGGGUUUGCAGGUAACUGGCAGUUUCCGUGUGCUGCUGCUCAUCGCUGUGUCUCUGUUCAUCGUGCUUCCUCUGAGUCUGCAGAGGAACAUGAUGUCCUCCAUCCAGUCCUUCUCUGCUAUGGCUCUCAUGUUCUACACUCUCUUCAUGUUCACGAUGGUGCUGUCCUCGUUCAAACAUGAGCUGCUCAGCGGCUGGUGGCUGGGGCGGGUCAAUGUGGUGCGCUGGGAGGGUGUGUUUCGCUGUCUCCCAAUCUGUGGGAUGGCCUUCGCCUGUCAGUCGCAGGUGCUGCCGACCUACGACAGCCUGGACGAGCCUUCUGUCAAACGCAUGAGCACCAUCUUCACCUCGGCCCUCAACGUAGUCACCAUCUUCUAUAUCACUGUGGGCUUCUUUGGCUACGUUAGCUUCACAGAUGACAUUGCAGGAAACGUUCUAAUGAACUUUUCCUCUAACCUUGUCACGGAAAUGAUUCGGGUGGGCUUCAUGUUGUCUGUGGCUGUGGGAUUCCCCAUGAUGAUCUUGCCGUGCCGCCAGGCCAUUAACACCAUGCUUUUUGAGCAGCAGCAGAAGGAUGGGACGUUUGCUGCCGGGGGAUACAUGCCUCCUCUGCGCUUUAAGAUGAUCACCCUCUGUAUCGUGUUCGGCACCAUGCUGGGAGGAAUUCUCAUCCCCAACGUUGAAACCAUUCUAGGUCUAACUGGAGCCACCAUGGGCAGUCUCAUCUGCUUCAUAUGUCCUGCCCUCAUCUACAGAAAAAUCCAAAAGAAUGGCAUCAUUGCUCAGCUGGUGCUGUGGGUGGGUCUGGGCAUCCUGCUGAUCAGCACUUUCACCACCCUCUCCAUCUCAGCCAGUAGCCCCGGUGCCAGAGUCCAAGCUCCUCCUCCUCCGGCACCUGACAAAACCAACCCACUGCUACCGGACCUCCCAGAGAUGCACGGAAAUCACCCAAACAAGAAACCAGAAGACAUUGAAAAACCUGAGCACCCUGGCGUUGCAGUGGGGGAACCUGCAGUGCGGGACCCAGGCGAUCCCCCGCAGAUUGCUGUACCAGUGGAUUUACCUGAGAGGAAGAAACAGGAAGAAGCACAGCUGGACCGACCUGAUGCUGGUGUUGCGGUACCAGAAGGGGAGGCCCAUCGCCACGAACCUCCUAUCCCUCAUGACGAGGUCCAGAUAGACACAAGAAAGAACAACGAAGAGCUGGAGGAGGAGAAGAAGAAGCCUGUUCUUCCUGCAGGAGGAGGUGAGGGUGAACCUGUAAAAGAUCAAGAGCAUGCAGUGGGAGAAGAAGACAAGAAAGAGGAGAAGGCUGAAGAGAAACAGAAGCCUGCUGAGGGGGAGGUGAAGAAAGAGGAUGUGGACUUGGGUGGAGGUGAGGUGCAGUCCAAUGAGGUUUUGGAGAAGCCUGGUGCCGACGUAGUCAAAAAGGACGUCGCUCAACUAAACGAACCGGAAAAACGAGAUCCUGCCAAAAACCCCGCAGUAGGGAAUGGAGCAGCGGUUGCCAAUCAGGUUGAGAAAGCAGGCAAAGCUUCAGAUGUUGGUGGGAAACUUCCAGUUGGCGAUGGCGAGCAUCAUCCUCCAGGAGAUGACGCUCCAGCUGCAGACAGCAAAGAUGCAGCAGAUGAAAAAAUGGACGUGAUAAAAAAGCUGGUUGCAGAGGGCCAACUCGACCAUGCAGUUCUGCUGCAGGUGAUCAAAGAGCAGCAGGAGCAACAGAAGAGACUUCUGGACCAACAGGAGAAGCUGCUGGCUGUCAUCGAAGAGCAACACAAGGAAAUUCACCAGAAACAGCCUGCAGGUGCUGCUGCUGAAGGUGAGGCAGGCGCUCAGGAACAUGCUGAAGUGGUGGAAGGUGGAGCAGUGAAGCCCAAAGAGUCAGGCCUCGCUGUGGAACCAAAGCAGCCUAAAGAGGCUGAGGCUGCACAAGGUGCAGCAGGUGAGCCUCACGUUGCAGACAAGAAAGAAGCUUUGCCCGUGGAACCGCAUGCCGAGGUUGUGGAUCCUAAAGUCGUUGUUCCAGUAGCUUAUAAAGAGGACAUCAAACCUGCUGGUGCUGGAGGAGAAAGUGAGCUGGGAGCAAGAGGAGUACCUCUGGGAAGGAAAAAACCUGAUGACCACCAGCCUGUACCUCAAAAUGAACAGAUAGCCCAAGUUAAAGAUGAAGAAAAACACGUUGACCAACUUAAUGAAGAAAGAAUAGAGAAAGAGGUGCAAGCAAGACUAGGAAAAGAACAGGCAAGGGAGAUCAAAGAAAAGCAAGCCAAAGAACAAGAAUUAGAGAAGGAGAGAGCUGAGAGAGAAAGGAUUGAAAAAGAAGUUCAGGCAAGACUGGAAAAAGAACGACUGGAGAAGGAGAGGCAAGAAAAGAUAGCCAGGGACCAAGCGCUGGCGAAGCAGAGAGCUGAGAAAGAAAGGAUUGAAAAAGAAGUACAAGCAAGGGUGGAAAAAGAACGGCUGGAAAGGGAGAGGAGGGAGAAGCUAGCCAGGGAAAAGGAGCUGGAGAAAGAGAGAGCAGAAAGAGAUAAACUAGCACAGAAGAAAGCAGCUGAGGAGAGACUCCAAAGAGAGGCACAGAAAGCAGAGAAUGAACUCGACAGAGCGAGGAACAAGGAGGUGGAGGAGCCGCAAGAGAGGCCGGAUCGAGCCGCUGAAGCCAAAAACGCAGCACAGGGGAGAGAGGGAGAAGACGGUGAUACUUUGAAGAAAGGAGGCCGAGAUCUGAAGGAGGAAGCCGGUGCCCUGGCAGACCCUGGAGAUGGCGCAGAAGACCAGGCUAUGAAAGCACAGGCUAUCCCCCAGGGCUCCCACGAGAAAGUCAGGGACCAGGGGGAGAUGGAUCUAAGGCGGAGGCGCAGGGCACUGGGGGCCAGAGAGGCAGUGGGAGGGCCCCCGGAGGAGGCCGGGGCGUCCAGGGGGGUGCACAGGCUGGAGCCCCUGCUGGAGCUGGGAGGCUCCAAUCUGCACGCAGCCCUGGAGGAGCAGUUACUGGCAGGGGCUAUGGUGCACUCACGGCAGAUUAAACAGGCCUCAGAGGCUGAGGGGGCAAAAUAACACACAUCAGACACACUCACACUCAAUAAAUGGACCACAUACUCCACUUGUCCAUUUUACCUGCAGAACCUCCUAUUACUGUGGACCAUGAUAUCUUUGCCUUAGAGUCUCUUAUGCCUUUAGAGAUAUUAUGGACAUAAAGUGCACCUUCAUUGGUCCAAGUGGCUGGCUUUAGUAACCCCAAAGUCUUUAUUAAAUAGAGCAAAGUGUUUUGUAAAUAUUAACUUAUUUUUUUUGUGAGGGAGAAUUUUAAGUUACUGUUAAAAUGUAUAUAAAUCUAUGCAAAUACCAUUCCAUGGGGUAUCUAAUAUCUUUGAGUCACUUUAAUUUGUCUUUUUUUUUUUUUCAGUUAUUGCUUUGUCUGUCUUUAUUAGUUCUGCUCAGUUUGUAUUUCUUUGAUAUGUAAAUAUUGUAAAUCUGUUAUAUUGAUGACAAAGAUAUUAGAGCCACAUAUUGAGGUCAAGCCUUUUUCAGAACAUGUUUUUGUUUUACUGUACUUUCAACUGAAAGUAGCUGAAAUCAGCCUCAUGCUGGAGCUACAAGGUGUAGCAUAGCCUUAUCGUUUGAGGAACUGUGGAUAUUAAAGCAGCUUGAUCCAGACUGUAGUUCUUAAUCAUUCCAUUGUUCAUUUUUCAGUGCCUUCCAACCUGUAUGCUGCAGUAGUGUUUUUAAGACAAAAUAUGGUAGUUGUUGAUUUCACAAGGCCCCUUUUACUGUAAAUUGCACAGUAAUGGAGAAACAGUUCCUUUGCUUUAAGAACAUUUUAGAAGAAAAAAUACAGACUGUUUGUAGUGUUUCAGAAUUCCCAUGUUGGACCUUUGCUUUGUAUAAGAGCCUAUUUUUCUGACUAUUUUUGUAUAUGCAUUGUGUUUGUGUACAUUUGCUGAGAAAAUAAAAUAAAAGAUCUUUAUUGUAA